AUGAUCCACGCCGCCGCCACCUCUUCCUCUUCCUCGUCCGCAGGCAGCCGCUUCGCAAACCGGGGCCUCAUCAAUGCCGUCAGGAUCCUCCUCCGCGAAGAAGGUGUCCGAGGCCUAUGGAGCGGCCUGACGCCGGUUCUCUGCAAACAAGGAACCAACAGCGCAGUCCGCUUCACGACCUUUGCGAUGCUCCAGGAGCGCGUGGCGGCGCGGUGGCCUCAGCUCGAGGGCGGCGUCGGGAGCACCCUCGUCCUGGGUGGUGUGAGCGGUGUGUUUACGGUGUAUGCGUCGAUGCCGUUUGAUAAUAUCAAGACGAGGAUGCAGAGCGUGCAGAGUGCUGAUGCGCGGUAUACUGGUAUGGUGGACUGCGCAGCGAGGAUUCUGAGGAGUGAUGGGGUUUUUGCGUUUUGGAGGGGCACGUCGCCUAGGUUGGUCCGGUUGACUCUUUCGAGCGGCAUCACGUUCACGGUCUAUGAUCAAGUCGUGCGUCUGAUGAAGUCAGCGCAAAUAGACCGCAAGGCCAGCGACCUACAUCGCCUAUAA